UAGCUCUUGUCUGUCCCUUUGGUAGAAAACUAAAAACCGUUUCUUCUCUCUCACACGUACACUUUGCUCUCCCACGAAGAAAAAUCGAUUCCUUCUCCCCCCUCUUCUGUCUCUAUUUAUAUCUCUAUAAUAUUAUAUAAUAUAAAUAUUUUGAUUUCUUGGAACGUGAAUCUGUUAUUUUCAACAGGGAUAGAGAAGUGGGGUCUUUGCGAUUCAGGCAAGUUAAGAUCAUCUCCGAGGAUUAUCUGGUAGUGGGUUCUUGUUGCUAUUUGUAUAUAUUAGGAUCAGAAUUUGAGUCUUUGUUUCUGUUGUUGCUUUUUGGACUCUGGUUCCAAAUACUCUUGAGGCCCUUUUUUUUUUACCAUUUUUUGACGAAUCUGUUGGAGAAUAGAUAGUGUUUGUUGCGUUGGCAAUUCUUAGAGAUGUCGAGUUACAUGGGUGUUCAUGUCUCCGAUCAAUGGCUGCAAAGUCAGUUUAUGCAGGUUGAGCUUCGCAGCCUUAAGUCAAAAUUUAUAUCAAUAAAGAAUCAGAAUGGCAAAGUUACUGUUGGAGAUUUGCCGCCUGUGAUGAUCAAAUUAGAAGCUUUUAAUUCAAUGUUUAAUGUGGAGGAGAUAACUGGGAUAUUGGAUGAGUUGCAUGCUGACUUAAGCAAUGAGAUUGAAUUUGAGGACUUCCUCAAGGCAUACUUGAAUUUACAAGGUCGAGCUACUGCAAAAUCAGGGGCUUCUAAGCAGAGUUCAUCUUUCCUCAAGGCCACAACUACGACUCUUCUUCACACAAUUAGUGAAUCUGAGAAAGCAUCUUAUGUUGCUCACAUAAAUAGCUAUCUCGGGGAUGACCCAUUUCUGAAGCAGUUUCUUCCAAUAGAUCCAGCUACAAAUGAUUUAUUCAAUCUGGCAAAAGAUGGAGUGCUAUUAUGUAAGCUCAUCAAUGUUGCAGUGCCAGGGACAAUAGAUGAACGUGCCAUCAACACGAAACGAUUUCUUAAUCCAUGGGAAAGAAAUGAGAACCAUACCCUUUGCCUCAAUUCUGCAAAAGCUAUUGGAUGCACGGUGGUCAACAUUGGCACACAGGACUUGGUGGAAGGAAGACCUCAUCUGUUGCUUGGGUUGAUUUCUCAGAUUAUAAAGAUCCAACUGUUGGCAGACCUUAGCCUUAAGAAGACACCUCAGCUUGUGGAAUUGGUGGAUGACAACAAUGAUGUUGAGGAGCUUAUGGGAUUGGCCCCUGAAAAGGUCUUAUUGAAAUGGAUGAAUUUCCAUCUGAAAAAAGCAGGCUACGAGAAACCUGUUUUGAAUUUUUCUUCUGAUUUGAAGGAUGGAAAGGCUUAUGCAUACCUGCUUAAUGUUCUUGCACCAGAGCACUGCAGUCCAUCUACAUUGGAUACCAAGGAUCCUAAAGAAAGGGCUAAGCUGGUUCUUGAUCAUGCAGAGCGGAUGGAUUGCAGACGAUAUUUAAAACCAGAAGACAUUGUUGAAGGAUCUCCAAAUCUGAAUCUUGCAUUUGUGGCACAAAUAUUUCAUCAAAGGAAUGGCCUGACUACAGACAGCAAAAAGAUUUCCUUUGCUGAGAUGAUGACUGAUGAUGUACAAACUUCUAGAGAAGAAAGAUGUUUUCGACUAUGGAUUAACAGUCUUGGAAUUGUUACAUAUGUUAACAAUGUAUUUGAGGAUGUUAGAAAUGGAUGGAUACUAUUGGAAGUGCUUGACAAGGUUUCUCCUGGGUCAGUUAACUGGAAGCAUGCAUCUAAGCCUCCAAUCAAGAUGCCAUUCAGAAAGGUAGAGAAUUGCAAUCAAGUGGUACGGAUUGGUAGACAACUGAAAUUUUCCCUUGUCAAUGUAGCUGGAAAUGAUAUUGUACAGGGAAAUAAGAAGCUCUUACUUGCUUUCUUAUGGCAGUUAAUGAGAUAUAACAUGCUUCAACUCCUCAAGAACUUGAGAUCCCACUCCCAAGGGAAGGAGAUAACUGAUGCAGAUAUUCUAAAAUGGGCAAACAAUAAAAUUAAACAAACAGGAAGAACUUCCAAAAUUGAGAACUUUAAGGAUAAGAGCCUAUCAUCUGGAAUAUUCUUCCUUGAGCUUCUUCGUGCUGUCGAGCCAAGGGUGGUUAAUUGGAACCUCGUCACCAAGGGUGAAAGUGAUGAGGAGAAGAGAUUGAAUGCUACAUACAUUAUCAGUGUGACACGGAAACUAGGCUGUUCAAUUUUCCUGUUGCCAGAAGACAUCAUGGAGGUGAACCAGAAGAUGAUUCUGACCCUAGCUGCCAGCAUAAUGUACUGGAGCCUGCAAAAAGCAGUGGAAGAUGUGGAAUCAUCUCCAUCCCCUUCUAAUGGGAUUUGUACAGCUACUCCUGAUGCAUCCCCAGCUCAAUCUGUCAGUGGCGAAGAUGAAAUAUCUUCCUUGGGUGGUGAAGUCUCAUACUUGAAUAUUGAUGAUGAUGACUCUGACACUGCUGUCUCCUCGCAGCUUGAGAACGAGAAAUCUCCUACAGUAGAGUGAAACAUGAAUUGUAGCCUGCAAGACAGCUUUGGUGAAACUGAAUAUACAAGUGCAGCUAGUCAACAUAUCUCCUUUACAGUGAAGCAAAUGCGCAGACAAUAGGGAAAAGAGCAGAAAUUUUGUAAAUUGCGAAAUACUGUGCCUAGUCAACAUCUGUGCAUGUUCUUUUUUUAUUAUUAUUCGUAAGUAGGCUGUAAUUCGUAGAUGUAUUCUUUUGACUCAUUCUCGUAAAAUUUUAUUUUUUUGGUUCUUGAGAUAGAA